AUGUCGGCUCCGGGUGGCCAUGAUGCCUCAAGCAACGGGACCACCGCUGCAGAAGAUGCAGGUCCUUCACGGACACGUACAAGAGUCUCUCGCGCAUGCACCCGUUGUAGACAGCGGAAGGACCGGUGUGACGGGGCGACACCAAGCUGCGCAAACUGCCUUAACGCAGACCAACAAUGCUCUUACGAUCCGAUCACCAAGAAGCGAGGCCUUCCAGAAGGCUAUGUUAGAGCUGUCGAGAAGCUAUGGGCAGUUACAUUUGCUCGCGUCACAGGCCUCGAAGACUACAUGCUCCUGAUGCUUCAUCAAGAUCGUGACUUGCUUAUGAACAUAUGGAAUCACCGGGAGGUAGGCGAAGAACUGCACUCGAGGUGGAAAGAUUCGCGCCUCUUCCAGGAGCUGGAAGCUUUUCUGACUGGUAUCGACCACUCGGCUGCAGCAGGAUCAAAGCGCAAGAGAGACAAAGAAGACGAGGACGAGCUCGACGGGAGCUUGGACUUGAACGCGAUCCUUCCGCCUCGAUACGCCCUCAAGAGCUUCAAUGGCGUCCUUCCCGGUUGCGAGCCAUUAGAUACUCCCGAGGCUCGGACGAUCCAGCUGCCUCCUGCAGCCUCUGAGCUACUCAGCCACUACUUCAAGUUUACGCAUUGCUGGUUCCCAAUUCUGGAUCGUCCGCAGAUGCUUCGACGAUGCUAUGAGAUGACAAGAACCGCCACUGAGAUUACGAGUAGCAACGGAGACCUCGCUGUCCUUGCUGCCACCCUCGCCUACACGUCCCGUCACGCAGCCAAGUUAAGAGGAAACGCUGUGCCUGCUCUCCUAGACUUCGCUACCAUGUCCAAGCUUGCUCGUGAAUGUGUGCCAAGUACUCAGGGCUCUUUCAGUCUUAACCAUCUGCAGGCACUUCUCGUUCUAGCUCUCUCUGAUACUGCAGUUGGUGCUUGGGAGUCCGCCUGGCGUUCUGUCGGUCUGGCGGCGCGAAGCUUGCUUGAGCACUCUGACGGUCUCAUUCACGGCCCGCGGGACCGGCUGGCGACCCACCAGGGAUGUCUCGUGCUGGAUACCCUGAUCAGUAUUCAGCUCGACCGGCCACCCCAAUUCCGCCGUUACGAUCACACUGCAGAGUCAUGCCUCAGACCCGACGGUCAUGAGGAAUGGGAAACUUGGCCAGGAACCACGGCGCCUGCUUUUGUGAUCAGCUGUUUCAACGGUCUGACAAGAUUAUCAGCUCUCUUGAAUAACUACUUCUGCGAGCAACAAGCGCUUUCAAGCGAUAUAGCAAAUGUCAGGGCUGACGAAGCUAUCAACCAAUUCAAUCUGUUAUCAUUAGACUAUCCACCCGCAUCACAGCUGGGCAAGUCAGAAACAGGUCCGCCGCACCAGAAUUGGUUGAAGCUUACGCAUCUUCUAGCAAUCGCAUAUGUGACGAGUUUAGAGCCUGAAAAGGUCGAGUCGUCCAUUGCAGCCCUGACAUCGGCCAGCAAGGUACUGAGAGAGCUUGAGAAGAAGGCAGCAUCGGAGACAGCAUUUAUGCCAGCGUGGAUCAUGGGUCUCAUGUACCCUAUUUUCCGUCAACUGAAGUCGCUGGUCGAUGGCGCUCGCUAUGUUCCUCCGACGAGGCACAUCUCAACUUUGAGGGCGAUAGCGAAACAAAUCUCAGAUGUCUUCUGGCCAGUUUCUGAAGAUUUGACUCAGCUUCUGGAACUUAUAGUACGAGUCCAAGUGGCUGCUCCGGUAUCGAAGGAGCCUCAGUGGCAGCCUGGUAGUUUGCCUUCUUCGGAUAUACCUGCCCAGCCUCCCCGACGUCAGCCAUUCUUCCCAAGCGACCCCUUUGCGCAAGCCGAAACAAGUCGAAUGCCCCGGAACAUCAGCCAGCAUCCAAACUUCAUGAAUGGCUCUGGCAACCUGCAAAGCAUUGGUGGGCCUCAAGACUGGAGCAGCAGUAUAGACAUCACAACGGGCAAGACCAACCUGCGGGAUGGUGGCCUGACAAUGCCAGCCGGAAGUGGCAGCUUUACUGUUCCCUCUGCUGGCACAUACAAUCCAUCCAUCGCUACUUCACCGAGCUUCCAGGGUGACGAGAUUGAUGCUCUAUUCCAUGAAAUGGCUCAGCUUGACACCACCGAAUGGACAACUGGAAGGAAUCAAGGCUUGAGGGACUUUGGAUUCGAUGACUUGACAUUCGAGCAAUUUUGUAAUGAUCCCGAUCGACUUUUCUCUGCUGGCUUUAUCGAUCCUCAGCCGGAAAAUCUAGGCCAGCGAGCAGAUUCCGACUUCAACAUGCCUGCCAUACUACCACAAUCGCACAAUCUCGCUUUUGAUAUGUCAAGAAAUUCUUGGAAUGGGUGA